GAAUUUUCCCCCCCACCUCGCGUCAACGCUGGAGCGGCCUGGAGCGCUGGAGUUCAUGUGCUGCAGCGCGAACGCUGCUUGAUAACAGGAUUACGUGAUUACGGUGUAAAGCAGAUGCGGGUUAAAAUAAGUUGCAGAUGACAUAGCUACAGGUAUGUCUGCAAAGGCCUGUGGCCUUUCCAGUUUUGCAAGUGGUGCGAUGGAUGGUGGAGGCACCAAGGGGGAUGGUGAUGGCCGCACUGAGAGAAUAGAAAGGUAUAAGAAGCAGCGACGGGAAGAACUCGCGAGGCACUACAUGACAAAAUCAGUGGCUGCAUCUGAAGAGAACAGCACUACAACAGCUACAAAGGUGAAAGUUGCAGUGAAGGCGGCUGAACCAGAACCCCAUGGUGACAAGAAUGCCGCCCCAGAGCGAAAGAAUGUUGCACCAAGCGUUCGGAUGACCAGGGCGUCUCGUCUUCGUGCACUCUCCCAUGCUGCCACUACACAGGGUGCCUCAGCCGAACAACCGUCAAAGCCAGAACUGCCACAUCGGGGGGAGCGCCAAAGUUUAAGGCCCCUGGACCUGAAUGACAACAUACCUGCAAGGGCUCAAGUUUUCUGUGGUAGCAGCAAAGCAGAGAACAAAGCUGUGGCUGUGUCUCCUAAACCAACUGUCGAAAAAAGCCCCAUCAAGCGAAAACCACCGCUAGCAGCUGCGAGGCCAUCCCCUCCGCGAGCUUCAAUGGGCCAGCUGCAGUCACGUCGAUCUGGUGCCACGUGUGAUACAAAACCGACGCACGAUGAGAAGUCCCAAGCUGGUCAUACUGUGGAAAGCCAGGCCAAGAACAUCGCUCCUCGUGUGAGUCCACAGUCACGGGGUGACAAGCAGUCGGACGCUUUUGAUACAUUUGGCGAGGAAGACGCAAGUUGCAGCAGUACUUUGUCAGGGGAGGAAGAGCCCCAAGCCACUGCUUUCAACAAGCACUGCUCAGCCCUCCCAGACGUUCCAUGCAACAAGGGAGAGCCAUCAUCACCAAAGGUGUUCAGCGUGACCUUCCACACAACCUCAACGUCAUAUUUGCAGCCUUCUGACCAGCAGGCCCCUAGUUCCAAAAGGGCUGUUGCCAAAGUACGACUACCCAGUGAUCGCGUAGUGACUGGCACCAGUUGCUCACCCGAGAGUCCAAGCAAGUCCACGAAGCCAGAAGCACUCAGGCCCUGGACGAAGUCGUACUCUCCCGUAAAGCAGCCACCACCGACAGCGAGAGCUUCAGGUACCACUGUGACCAGUUUGAAUGUUCCCAAUGAGCGCAAGCCACCUGCCUCGGAAAACCUGUCCACUAUCAUUGGAAGCCAAGAAAAGUUAAGACUGCAGGCACACCCCACUCCAGCCCUAGAUAGAAUAUUGGUAGGUACUGAAAGCUGUGGGACGGUGCAGGCCAGUCUAGGUUCCUCAAAUCUGUGCAGUGACCUUACUUCCCAUGUACAAAGCAGUGCUAGAGUGGGGCCACCAAUAAAGGAGCUAGGCUCGCAUUCAACCGAGAAGCCAAGUUUCCAGCUCGAAGCUUCGGAGAAAAGUGCAGGUUUGUUUGCCGAAGUAGGAUUUGAUAAAAAAGAAGCUUCUUGCGAGGAUGAGAUUAUUGUUGAGGCAAAACCUGAAGAACUGAAGCUUCAGAGAAAAAGUGAACGGAGUGCCUCGUUUUCAGACUCUGUGCAUGGCAUUUUGAAGGCUAAUACUAGAGAAGACGACAAACCGCGCCACUCCAUUCUCAAGAAUCGCUCAAGCAGCUCGGAAGAGAGGGACCACUCUCCCGAGCUUCACUCUAUACUCAAAAGCAAGGAGGACAUUGCCAAGCCAGAGGACACUGCCAAGCCUAAGCCAAUUCUCAAGAAGCACGACGACACAGGCGUUCACAGCGAGCCAAAACCUAUCCUCAAGCGCAAGUCCGUCGACGAGGAUGCCGAAGACCGCCUGAAGCCCAUACUCAAAAAUCAGCAACAGAGGCGUUGGAGCCACGAGCACUCCCCGGAAAAAGGAGACUCCAUCGUCGUUCGGAGGAGGUCUCAUUCAACAGAACUUGAAACCAAACCAGUGCUCAGUUUUGCGGAAAGUGCCGGAAGCGCCAGUGCUGUUCGGACUGGUACAGAACAAAAUACUGAAUCCACUAGACUCCCUGACUGUGUUGUGGUAGAUUCCACGCGGUUGGAUCUGCAAGGGUCAGUGUCAGUGUCCAAGGUUGUGAGCUGCCCACCGUUGGACAGCAAUUUGGGACACCGCGGCACUGGUCUUCAGGCUGACAUCUCUCCACACAGAGCCGUGGCUGAAGAAGUCUCCCUAGGAAGUGAAAGGCCCAUCACUUUGAGGUCUCCGCCACUCGCUGGAUUUUUGAGUAGCACGUCAUCACCAGAAGAGAAAAGAUACUUCAGGCGAAAUGCCUCCUGCUACAAGACCCAGCCUGUGACAGCUAGUGAGAUCAAGGCUACAGAUAAUCUGGAGUCUGUGCGGUCCUUUCGCAAUUUGGUGCUGAAGGAAGCGUCGUUGAGUAUAUUUAACAAGGAGCCCUCCCCCAGGCAAGAUCAGCAGGCAUACAGCAAAAAACCGGAGUUUCCGCAGCCUUACAGUCCACCUUCGAAAAGCACUCGUCUGCAGCGGGAACGCCGGCGAACCCUGCCAGUUACGUCGGAAGAGUUGGAAGAGGCCAUUAAAAUGGAUGCUUCCGGUCAGAAAAGGGUGCCAAGCCCUGCGAAAACUGUUGAUGCAACGAAAGACGACGAUGCUUUGGAUCCCAGCAAGCUUAGCGUGGCAGCAAAGGUCUCGAUGUUCAAGAAGUCUGGAGUGCUCGAUGCUCCGCGAAACGGUGCAGAGCGCAAGCGGCCAGCCCGCUUCACCAACAUUGCCGAACGCCGUCUGCGCUCCCAGACGCAGCCUGUCACUACGGAGGAAGUGCAGUUGGCUGCCAAGGAGAUCAAGGAUCAGGACAAACAGCCGGAAGUCAAGGAGGAUGAUCUUUCCAAGAUGAGCCUUGCUGACAAGCUCAAGAUGUUCAACCAAAAGGUCACCCUUGAUGUGCUCACCCAAAAGCCACCGAUGCGAUCGAACAGCAUGCGGCGAUCUUUGGGAUCCAAGUCUACUGCCGAACCGGCCGCACCCGCACCAGCUACGCUUGGUGUUCCACUCAGUCGUGUUCGCUCACAUUCAUCUCCUCCAGAAGAACCAGUGCAGCCUGCUACUGGAACAACACCAAAAGGAAUUCUGAAGGUGCAAGCAGGGCCCCAGCCUGUUGUCAAAAGCAUACUGAAGCAGGACCAACACCAGGAGGCCAAGGAAGAUGUCAAGGGCAUUCUAAAGCCAGAGCAUGUUGCGGAUGUCGCACCUGCCACUCCGAUAAAGCCAAUUCUUAAGCCAGAGAAGCCUUCCUGCCGACGCGGACUCCCCGAAAAGCUCGGGCAGUGAGUCGUCCUCCGAGGAAGACUGAAGAGGAAGAGGAGGAGUCAAGCUCCGAAUCGAGCUCUGAGUCGUCCAGCGAGGAAGGCAGCGAGACCGAGGACAAGAAAAAGAUUCUUCUGGGUGGUCAGCGACAUCUGGUGAUAGCGCAGGGCUCUUCUCCAGCAAGCGUCCCGCAAGGUCAUAUCAAACCCGGCAGUCCAGAGGAAGCUCAAUGCUUCACUGCGCCGCAAGGAGGAAGAGCGGUGAGGGGAAACUCCUGCUUCUCUGAUCUGGCUCUCUUGCCUGCUUGUGGCGCCCCCUCCUUCCAUGUGGCAACUUUGGGUGUUUCAGUGCUGUCUAGUUGUCGAGAAUUCGGGAUCUUGCUCGUUUCUCCUCCCGGUGCCUUCAAGCUCCUGCAUGUUUUGUAGAAAAGCCUGCUUUUUUUUUUCUUUUGUUGUUGCUGGUAGUGGCUGCAAGCUGUGCUAUUUGCUUGUCAGUAGCUUCUUCAUCCAACGUUGCUUGCAGGGUCGUCUUAGUUGCUUGGACAUUGUUCCACCGUUUGCUUUGAACCGCAUGAGGCUUCCCCUGCUCAUUGACUGCCAAUGUGUGGGUGUUCUUUGCAACCAGUGAGGUCAUUCUUUUUCUUCGAUGCGAAGUUGCACCUUCUAGGUCAGUGUUUGCUUAUUUGUUCUUUGGCUAGUCUCGAGAGUCAGUUUGAGACUUCAGGAGUUCCUACAGGUUGGUUUUAUAUAUUUUAAGAGCUUAGGUGAGCGAGUUUUAAAACAUGUUGCGAGCCGCUAUGUUUAAUUCUUAACAGCGGACUGCUGCUUGAAACUAUUUGUACAGUUUACUUCGUGCAAUAAAUUUUUACGUCAUGGAGCUA